UCAAAUUGAGUCAAAUAUCAAGAAGCGGUGGACACAAUGGAGGAGAGCACGGUGCAGACAUUCUGCUGAAAGACUCUAUCCGUGCCGCUUUAUCCCGGGCGCGUAACGGACGGCGGAGAUUCCUCACAGUUUGGAUAGUUUCGGUUCUUCGCUUUUGCAACUGUUUCUGCCAAUGAAAGAUAUUGCGGUCGGACAUUGAGCUGCAUCACAUCAGCGGUCACCAUGCCUCCCACAACGCCGUACGCUGGAAAGUUCAGCUCUUGCGCUCCGUACGGCAACACCAACAACAACCACCCUCAGCCCCACAGCCCGUACCACAACGGCGCUGCCCCAACGCCCACGAAGGAGAACGUCUGCAAUGGCGCCUACUCCUCCGCAGAGAACCCCUACGACACGCCGCAGCCUCACACCUCGUACCGCAGCUCCUCCGUCUCCUCCUCGACCGCCAGGGAGCACCACUACAACAGCAGCGGCGCCGUUUCAGAGAACCCGUACUCCUCGCCGCAGCCCCACAGCCCCCGGCAGCACAGCACCUCCUGUCCCGGACGGGCGUACCGCCACACCACCACCAACACCACCACCAACAGCAGCAGCAGCGGCGGCAGCAGCGAGCAGUCCUCUCGCAACAACUCCGUCGCGGCGAAAGGACGGCGGUACGGACACGGCGUCACCGCUAGCUACGGGGAGAUGUGUUACCACGACAACAGUUUGGUCUCAGCAUCCCUCGAGGCCCUGAUCCAGCACCUGGUUCCCACAGUCGACUACUACCCCGACAGGUCGUAUGUGUUCACCUUCCUGCUGAGCUCACGCCUCUUCCUGCACCCGUACGAGCUCAUGACGAGGGUUUGUCACCUGUGUGUGGAGCAGCAGCGGUCCGGAGACGCCCUGCUGGACAAGAUCCGUUUCCGUGAGGUGGCGCCCAAGCUGGUGCAGCUGCUGACCGAGUGGACGGAGACGUUUCCGUACGACUUCAGGGACGAGAGGAUGAUGCGCUGCCUCAAGGACAUGACGCACCACGUGGCUCGAGGAGACGAGUACUCCUGGCGAGCCAUGCAGCAGAUGACCCAGCGGCUGAUCAAACGGCUGUCUGCCCUCGGCCAAUACGAGGAGGCCGUGUCGGCGCUCAACGCCGUGGCGACGGAGCGGCCCGCCUCCCUGAAAAGCAAACAGGCCUCGGGUCAGCGCGGCGACGUGAUGAGCGUGUGUGACGACCCCUUCGUCCUCGCCCAGCAGCUCACGCACAUCGAACUGGACAGACUGAGUUUUAUCGGUCCCGAGGAGUUCAUCCAAACAUUCGCCAGGAAGGAUCCUUUGGAGAACCACAAGGGUUUCUUCCGGAAGCGUAAAACCAGCAACCUGGAGGCCUACGUCAACUGGUUCAACAGACUGAGUUUCCUGGUGGCCACGGAGAUCUGUAUGCCAGUGAAGAAGAAACACCGAGCACGUAUCAUAGAGUUCUUCAUUGAUGUGGCUCAGGAGUGCUUCAACAUCGGCAAUUUCAACUCCCUCAUGGCCAUCAUCACCGGGAUGAACAUGAGUCCUGUUGCCAGACUGAGGAAAACCUGGAGUAAAGUCAAUACCGACAAGUUUGAAAUCCUGGAGCACCAGAUGGACCCGUCCAGUAACUUCAGCAACUACCGCACGGCGCUCCGCGGCGCCACCCAGAGGUCUGAGACGGCACACAGCAGCCAGGAGAAGAUUGUGAUCCCUUUCUUCAGUCUCCUCAUUAAAGACAUCUACUUCCUGAAUGAAGGCUGUGCCAGCAGGCUGACCAACGGGCACAUCAACUUUGAGAAACUUUGGGAGCUUGCAAAGCAGGUGAGCGAAUUCCUGGUUUGGCGUCAGGUGAUUUGUCCGUUCGACAGAGACCGCCGGAUCCUCCAGUACCUCGUCACCACGCCUGUCUUCAGCGAAGACGAGCUGCACCUGGCCUCGUAUGAGAGCGAAGGACCUGAGAACCACAUGGAGAAAGACAGUCGUAGGUCUCUUAGAUCUUCCCUUCUGCAUCGAGAGAAUCGGUCCUAAGAGAGCGACAAUCUCCUCUGCUCUGCAGACUGUAAAUGAACGAGGUAUUUUAAAGCUACAGGUUCCUGCAUAAUUAUCUCAUGGACACAUUUUUACAUUCCCUUGGAGAACAAACGCAGCCGGGCCCGUACUCUCACAGAUCAACGGAAUACUACGCUGCAGCACAUGGGCUUUCAGCUCACAAGAAGUACCGAAACCUCGUGAGUCCCAAGAAGAGCUCGGAGUACUGAUUUGGAUCAUCAGCUGAGCUUCUUCUUCAACAUCAGCUCUGUCCAAGGCACUUAAGAGGAUUUCAUAUGACUGCAGAAGUAGUCAAACGUGUGGAUUUUGUUCAUAUUACCAGUGGACUUCUAUCAUGGCGACAACAUAUUGUUGAGGGACCCGUGCUGUGGAAGCGCAAAGGGCCGGUUCCGACUCUGAAUGAGACGGAUGUGGACCCCGAUUGGUUACAUUGUAACAUCAGCACUGCUUCUCUACGGACAUCCUGGCUACAUUUAGCCCGGGACCCGCGGAGAGAGGAGAGAUGCACUCUGAAAGGACGAUCAUCGAUUUGUAUUAUAAGUAACAGGCUGACUGCUGCUUUCAGAAGUGGUGUUUUCCUGCAGUGUUGUCUUGUUGAGUGCUUGAUUGUAAUGGCAACACCGUGAGCAGCAACCGCACCACAUCCUUUCCAUUUUCUCUCUCAGUUUGCACACAGCAUCAAUAUCCGGCUGUUUCCGGGUCAUUCGAGCCUUUGAUCUAAUUUAAAAAAAACCUUAAAUGCAAGUCGAUCCAUCAGCUGAACAUUCCCAAAACCGCUGCAAGCUAUUGGGUUCUAACCAUUCUGUGAUGUGUGUGCACUUUGACUGCGUAUUGGUGGUGCAACAUUAUGCUAAUCAUGCAAGUUAAAUCAAAUGCACUUCAGUGGGUUCUUGUGUAUUGUACUAUAGGAUAUGGUGACUCCUAUUUUAUGGCGUCUUUCUAUACAGUAUUAAAUUGUAUUUUGUAUCAGAAGGUUAAAAAAAUGUGUUUUUUUUUUCUUUACGUACUUUUUUCUGAAGUGUCACCGUGAGCUUGUUGCUGGUUGGCUGGCUCUUGUGUUGGUAAGCUAGUUUUGUUAAUACAACACCAGUUCAUGUAUGACAAGGAAGUGUUUUGUGUCUGAAUGAAACAGAGACUGAUGCGUGUCUGAUAUGUGCAGCUUGGAUACAAACAUCCUCCUCUUCAUCUCAUCUGUGAUGAUGUGAGCUUGAUGCGAUUGUUAAAAUGUCUGUCUAUGAGUGAAUGUGAUGCUAUUGUUCUGUUUUUUUGUAUUUUUAAAAAAAGCUAAUUUUACAAGUGUUUUCUCAUGUAUUCUUUUUGUUUGUGUGUGUAUCAUUUGUUCUACCGGUCAGGGUACUUGUACUGAAGGGUUUUGUGAAAAGAGAAUUAUAUUUUUUCUUUCAAAAUAAACAGAAUAACUAAAACGUUUUUUUGGAGGGUUCUUCACAGGUAAUAGAUCUCUGAAAUGCAACAACAACACCAGAAUAUAAGUAAAGACAUUUAUUUACAAUACACGUUGAAUCAGAACAAUCAUCUCUUGAGUGUACACGUCACUAAUCUUUGGCCAAAAACUGGAGUAAAGUGAAAAGUCUUGAUCCUCGCGGUUAAACAUCAGCGACUCUGAACUCUGGUGAAGUUAAUACAGCGGCCCUGGAGACAAACACAAGCCAGACAUUACAGUCAGAUGAUUUUAUUACAUAAAGUGGCAGAUUCUGAAUAUGAUAUAAAACAUCACAAGCAAACCAGAGGUGAUCUGUGUCAUGUGUUAACUGAUCUGACUCUUGCUUAAAAUGGGAAAUAUCACAUUUUGAGUUAAUGCUGGUGUUGGAUUAGAGCACUUUCAUCAGUUCAGUCAGUAGACCACAUCACACAGAGGGACAAAAUAUGAAAAAAAAUCAUCAAAAUCUCAUUAGUACACUAAAACAUUGGCUCGCCUGUUGCAUGUUCAAGCUGUGUUUAUAGUGUUGAUAUUUACACCGUCAUUUAUUACGACUGAGUUGAUGCAGUGAGCUGUUAUUUGUCUGUUGGGUAGAUAAUUAGAGGGGGGGGGGGAUCGGGCUGUAUUAUCUGUUAUUAUCUAAUCAAAUCACUUUGGCGUCAAGAGGGUGGGUCCAUCUUCUAAUCAAAUUAACUGGUGACACUUUAUGGCAAACACAAACUUGAUUAUUCCUUGGUGACUGCGGACAGUCCUGCAGGAAGGAAUGAUGAUCAAAGUGUUCUGAAUUGAUAAGCAUCCGUGUUUUCUUUCAUCCUACGAGUUGAACUGUAUCGGAGGUAAACACUGCAGAGGUUUCUUACCUUGUCCUGAGGUUUUGGUCUCAUGAUCGCCACUCUGUCAUACUGUCUUCUAAGUAAUGCCCGCAGUGCAUCAAAACGCCCCUGAAAGUCAAGUCAAAUCAGGUGAAUUCAAUCCAAAAACACGAGAUAAAAAUGCAGAUAAAGAACGGUAUACAACACGGCCAUCGUAACAUUUAUUUGUACGUGUGUGUGUGAACAGCAGUUAUAGGGUCAGAAUCACAUACAUAUUUAAGACUUAAAGUGGUAGUUAUCUACCAAUAUGCAAAGUUGCACAGUGCAAAAAUGUCUGGUGAUUAAUGAGGUUAUUGUCUCACCUUGAUGGGAGUGUACCAUUUGGACUGUGAUGGGGGGUUGUAGGCUGGAGGAGAUCGUGGUGGGGGUCGAGGCAUGAUGGGCUCCUCCACUCCCUCCGGCAUAGUGACCACAGCAUUUUUGGCUUUCUCUAGCCGUGACCCUUCCUCUGUGGACCCCAUCUGCCCCCAACGCACCUACAGACCACGGGUACAAAAGACAGACAUCACAGACCCGUCUUAUAACCCGUAAGUUGAGCGUAAAUGUAUGUGUGACAGUAAUUAAUUGUAAUUAUGGUUUCUUUAUUCUAUUACCUCCAUGCGUUUGAUUCCUCCAGGACCUCUGCCUCCAUAGUACGAAGCAUCCACUGUAGGCCACCUGUGUUUGGGUGAAAGAUCGUCUUCUGGCUCCUUAAAAACAACAACAAAUAAAUUGAAAGAACUAUACAGUGAGUUUCAGUUCAAAUUUUGGGCUUAAGACUUUAGAAUACUACACAACAUUGUAAUGAUUCAUUUAAAGGGCAAGUCAUUAAGCCCUCUAAUUAAUAUGAUAAUUUAAUGUCGUGACUAACAACAGAACAGAAACCCCUCUGGUCGAGAGCUGAAACCAAUGCAGCACUAUCAACAGUCAGUAGAUGCUGCCUCACCAAAGUCUCAAACACCUUAGAGAUUUAUUCAGCUUCUUCUACCUUGAAAUAAUCAACUUUUCUCUACAUUAUAGUCUAAAUAUCACUACUUCUUUUGAGUCAUGGUAGCGCCCAGCCUGCAUGGACUUCAAUUGCAGUGGUGAAACUUUGUCUCCUCCAAGUGCUACAAAUCAUAUCUGCUAUGAGGACUAACUCUUUACGCUACAAGAGUUUUGACCUCUUCAGACUUUUUUCAUCUUGGAAAUAAGUGAAGUUUUGCCAGAAACCCCUACUCUGCUUUC